GGCCCGGAGGGCGGCGCCGGCGGGGCCCGGGAGCAGGCCCGGAGCAGGCGCCGGCGCUGCUGGGCGGCAGCGCCGCGCAGGCCUCGGCCCUGGAGCAGCUGCUGCGGAGGCAGGUGCAGGCCGCUGAGGAAGUGCUGGCCUGCAGCAAGGCCAUCUCCAACGCGGUCCACGCGCAGACCGGCAGUGUCGCUUGCCCCGUGGGCGCAGCGCCUGCCGGCCCGAGCGCCAGAGGCCUUGGUGGGGCGGUCGUCCCGGCCCUGGCGGAGCCCCUGCUGGGCGCCAGGGGCGGCAAGGUGGCGCGGCCACGGCUGCCCAUCGCCGCGGUGGGCGGAUCGCCGGCGGCGUCGGCGUCGGUGGAGCAGUUGAACGAUGUGCGGGACAAGGUCGAGGACAUCCUGUCGACCAGGAGGCUGAAAGUCUCGGCGGCCACACUCGGCGAGUACGCCGACUCGGGCUGCUGCGUGGCCGCGGCGAGGAGCCCGCUCUUCCACUCUGGAACCCUCGUGAUGAUUUCGCUGAACACGCUCUGGAUCGCCAUAGACACCGACUGUAACACCGCGGAGUUCCUCGACGAGGCGCCCGUGCUCUUCCAGGUCGUCGACAACCUGUUCUGCCUCUUCUUCACAUUCGAGCUACUGGUGCGGGUUCUGGCGAUGCGGAGGCCCCGCGACGCGCUGAGGGACCCCUGGAUCCUGUUCGACAUGUUCCUGGUGAUGAUGAUGGUGCUGGAGACCUGGAUACUCACCUUCUUUCACGCGGCGUGGGGCCUCGCGGCGGGCAGCGGCGCGCUCCGUGGGGGCCCCGUGCUGCGCAUCUUCCGCGUGAUGCGGCUGACGCGCCUCGCGCGCAUGGCGAGGCUCAUGCGGUCGGUGCCAGAGCUGCUCGUGCUGGUCAAGGGUCUCACCGUGGCCAUACGCUCCGUCACCUGCACCCUGGGGCUCCUGCUGCUGGUGAUAUACUGCUUCGCCGUGCUGUUCGUGCAGCUGCUGGGGCGGAAAGGGUCCGUGCCCAAGAACGGUGCCCAGCUGUCAGGCGGAGAGGAAUUGCUGGACGGCGCCUUCAGCAGCGUGCCGUGGGCAAUGCACACGCUGCUCAUGCAGGUGCUGUGCGGCUUCGACGCCGUCUUCAUCACAAAGCUCCUGCGCGUGGGGUGGAUGUACUACUUGUUGUUCCUGUUCUACGCUCUUCUAGGUUAUCUGACCAUCCUGAACCUUCUUAUCGGGAUCCUCUGCGAGGUAGUCGCUAAUGUGGCGUCUGUCGAAAAGCAGGCCGUUCAGUGGGAACUCCUCGAGCAGCGUGUGCAAGUCCUGAUGAGACAGCUGGACCUUGAUAACAGCGGGCUCCUGUCGGAGAGCGAGUUCAUGGAGCUCAUGGACAAGCCAGAGGUCCUCGAGGAGUUGGAGAGCCUGGGCGUAGACGUGGCAGCAUUCAUGGAUUUCAUACACUUCGUCUUUAAGGAUACGAAUGAGCUCCCAGAGCGCGAUUUCCUGAAGAUGCUGAAACCUUUCCAAGGCGAAAACGUGGCAAGGGUGAAGGAUCUUGUGGAUGUGAACAAGUUCAUCACCGUAUCGUUGCGUAACUUCGAGCAGCGCCUCUUCUCUACUCUCGAGGAGCACCUAGUAUCGCGCUUGGCGAGGAAGGAGUGGUCUCGGGAAGGGCGGCCCGAGACAUACUGACUGCGCCCAGCCGAGCAAGAAGUAGUUGACCCAGUCUCCCUCGUUACCGGAGGAGGCCGGGCUGUCUAACCUCAGCGCCACCGCGACGGGGAUCUCCGCCGAGCGCAGGAAGGUGCACGCGCUACUACGACUGCCGAUGACGUCCGCUCCAAUAAAGAUAAACGUGGACGUGAACUACCCAGUGAUUGCUGUCCAUCCGCGCCCUCCCCAAUUGGGCAACAGAGGUGCUUGAUCUUGAUCGGGCGUUGAAGGGGGCAUGGGCCCAGGGAGGCCCGCAUCAUUCUCCUCACCUGCAGGGCGCACGUCCAGCAUUCUGGGGUCAUGUGUCGCGUGCCCUCCGUAGUGCGUUGCUCCUGUGGUGCGCACCAUAUAAUAUGGCCGGCAGAUCCAUCAGGGAUGUGCACUCUGCCUUCAUCCCCUGAGAUCCGACGCUCCAAAAAAAUGUUUGGGGCAGUUUUCGGCCUCCGGGGGCCUUCGCCGGGCCUCGGGAGCGUGAAAAAACGACUCAGGAUCCGGUCCCAGGGAAGUGGUCUGUACCUCCGGGGCCCACGCACCAACAAAAUUGGAGCAGCCGGAAGUCUGGGUCCUCGUUCCGCGUGCGUCUCGCAGUUUACAUGGCAUCGCGAUUUGGUUCGCGGUGUCGGUUGCUGUGUGAGGUGUGCGAGGCUUGUCGGAGGGCGCGCAUCGCCGAGAAAAGAGCUUCGCACACCCUUCGUCCAGAUGCCGCCUGCCUCGGCGGGAGAUCCUGUCCCCCUCGCAGAGGUCUGUUUCAAAGUCGACGUUUGCUUCCAAGAACGGACGCCUCGCCGUCGACGUCGC